AUGCGCUCGAUUAGCUGCAGCUCGGGCAUUCUUCAACCGGUGACUGAUCCUCGAACAACGGUUGGCUCUCGCCUCGAGCAGCAGUUGCUCGUUGCCGGAAAAGCUCGGGGGUCUACACGGCUAUGGCGAACGGUUGGGAUCUGCUCGGCGAAAUUUCCUCCCAGGCAGAGCGUGCGGCGGCUGUUGACGAAGGCUGACGAGACCCCCGAUGUGGUGAACAAGGGCCGACGGGACUUGCUGCAUACUGUCGAAGGAGGUAGAAGAAGGACAGGUGGACUGCUACUACUCACUGCGGCACUGCUCGCGUAUCUAUGGCGUUGCCGGCGGUCGCGGACGGAGGUGAUGCUCUUCGGUGAAGGGCUGAGAGGAUGGAAGGCGCUGCUGCUCGGUUUCUCCUCCCGCACAUACACACGCGGACGGUGA